UUUCAAUUAAUAUUUUUAAUUAAUCAACUGUCAAUAGUAAUUGCUGCUCAACCAAUAUGGAUAGAAAAUAUAUAAACGAAAGCAAAUAUGCCAGUAAUAGUAUAGAGGCUAAACAGUUUGAUGGUCAGGAUGAAGUGGUCACAAUGCCACUAAUAAAGAAAAGAGAGAUAACAAUACUAUUGUUGAGCGAAACAGGUGUGGGAAAGUCCACAUUCAUUAACGCAUUUGUAAACUAUAUGUCCUUUGAGAGUAUGGAUGCGGCGAACGGACGGCCCAUAUGUUUAAUACCCGUCAGCUUUACGAUAACCGAUCCGAAAACAAGACUACCAGUGAAGGUAACACUGGGUAAUCAAAAUGACAACGAAAAUACUGGAGACCCGACACAAUCGGCCACAAAGUAUCCCAAAUGUUAUACGUUUGAAACUGAGAAGAUUGUGCUCAAUAUAAUUGAUACGCCGGGAAUUGCGGACACGGAUGGUGUGGAGAGGGAUAAUAAAAAUAUGCAAAACAUUUUGGAUUUUAUUAGCAAUUACCGGGAAAUCAACGCCUUUUGUGUCCUCUUAAAGCCAAACGAACCGAGAGUUGGCGCUGUGUUCAAGCAUUGCAUAUUUCAAUUGUUCACUCAUUUAAAUAAAAGCGCCGCAAAUAAUAUACUAUUUCUGUUUACAAACUCCCGGAGCACUCAUUACAUGCCCGGGGAAUCCGGACCCGCUUUGAUCAAAAUAUUGGACCAAAUCCGGGAAAAUCCGCCAAAUGUUGACAUCCCUUAUAACGAGAAUACAGUCUAUUCUUUCGAUUCCGAGUCUUUUCGAUAUCUCGUGGCUUCGGUUCCGCCAAAUAAUAUACAGUUUGACCCGAAAUAUAAGUCCAGUUAUGUUGACAGUUGGGAUCAAUCUGUGGAGGAAUGUCAACGACUAUUUGAUCGCAUAAUACAACUCACACCACACAAAGUGAUGGACACACUAUCGGUGAAUAACACCAAACAAAUCAUACAAUUACUAAUCAAACCGUUGGCCGACAUCUCGAAGAAUAUCGCGGAUAACGUAAACCAAUGCGAGAGACAUAAGCGUGAAGUGAAUGACUGUAAGGGAACUAUUGAUGAGUUGCGUACAAAACUAGACAUCCCAUCGGUUGAGAUCAUAUCCGUACCACUGGAUCGGCCGCAGACUGUGUGCUGCGCCGAGCAGUGCAUUGAACGGGUGACAAACCACGGCGUGACCCACACUAAUUAUAAAACCAAAUGCCAUUCACCAUGCUACCUCAGUUUUAGCGAUGGUAAUAUUGUGGACAAUAGUGGUUUACUCAGAUGCAAAGCGUUCAAUGACUAUUUUACCAAACAGAAAGAGUGCCACGAGUGUGGCCACAGUUAUAAUCAGCACAUGCACCUGGUGAACGAGACGCAAUCCAAACUGACCAUGGUGCGUGACCCGGAGGUGGACACCGCGAUUGAGUCGACGCGAUCGGCCGCUGAGGCCAAAGAGCUGCUCAUCAGAGGUCUGGACCAACGGAUCGCCGAAAUGAAGGCCGAAAACGACACAAUCGUUCAGUCGAUGUCAAUGUUUGCCUGUUUUCUAACCAACAAUGCGUUGACGCCUAUAAACGACGCGUUCGAGGAAUACGUGCGACACCUCAUAGCCAACGAACGGCAGAACACAUUUGGCGCCGACUCCUGGGCCACAAUCACACGACUCGAACAGGUGUUGAGGCAAUACAACGACGAGAAGCAGAUAAUCAUAAGGGAAAUGGACGGCUCGGCGGCCGCGGGAGCCAAAGGGUCGGCCAUUACUAUCCAGGAAAUAGAUAACCUCGUGAACAAACUGUGUUCGCUUAAACAUAAAGGUCCCGAAAUUCGGGCCAUGUUGGAUCAACUGAAACAAACCAAGGUUGCACAUAACGCCGAUGCCAACAAGGUGCGUUAUAAGCCACGUGUGAAUAACAGUUUUAUGUUCACAUUGUUUUCUAAUAUGGACGAGUACACGUUAGCCCGUAUGAUAUAA